AUGAUUGUUGAAGAAUUUGUGCAUGUUGUAUUUGAUAAAACUAACCCAAUGCAACAAGAUCAAAGGCCUAAGAUUGCAGAUGAAGAAGAUAUAUUGCAGGAAAAGAAAACUGCUGCAGAAUUGGAAUCUACUGUAGGAAAUCAACCAACUGAAAAGGAUAUUCAGUUGGCUGAAAAAGCUACAGACAACAACUUACCCAAGGAGUGGAUUGAACCUAAGGGAUUAUCAAAGGACAACAUAAUUGGUGAUAGUAAUUGGGUUGUUGUUAUGCAAGAUGAGCUUAAUCAAUUCUCUAGAAAUGAUGUGAGGUCUCUUAUUCCUAAAAUUGAUGCAAUGAAUGUGAUUGAUGAUGAAGUUGAAUUUGAUUUACCCUCUUCUUCAAAGAAGAGAAAGAAGAAGGAAGAGAUUAAUGAUGAAUUGCCCAGAAAAAAGAAGAAGGUGUAUCGGCCUAAAUUGGUGUCUCAAACACCUAAAGGAAGAAAACACUCUCAAGCCAAAAGUAGCACUCCAAAACCUUCAACCCCAGAACAAAGAGAAAAUGAUAUAAGAAGGGGUGGUGGUGGUGGUUCGUGCGAGAGGGAGUUGUUCAGUGAAAAUUCUUCAAAUGCUAGCAACGAAAUAGGCAUUCAACACAAUUCAAUGCAAAGUUAUCAGAACGUGUUAUCCUUAUCAGGUUUAUGUGUACUGAAAGAGAAACAAAUUGGAUCAAAUUUUUCAUUCUCGUUCAAGAAAAAGAGAGUCGCUAGACAAAGAGUGUUUUUGCAACAAUUAUUGACCACUAUUGAAAGAAGAAUGAGGUCAAAGUCUUUCACUAGAAAGAGAAGACACGAGGUAGAUUUCAGAAUAGAAGGUUUCAAGAAUAAAGAGUUGAUAUAUAGAAUCAAGAAAAUCCGUUCUUUGAUGAGAAAAGAAAGAAAGAUGGAUGAGCUAGAAUUGAUUCCAUACAAAAGGUCAUCUUUAAAUAUUGAUGUUUUAAUUGAUGAGGAGACAUCAAGAGUGUGGAACUUGUUGAUGGAAGAAGAAGGACAUGAUGAGAAUGAUGAGAUGAAGCGAAAAUAUUGGGAGAACAUCAGAAAAAUAUUUCAAUCCAAGGCUGAAGAAUUCAUAAAUACCAUGCAUGUCAUCCUAGGAGAUAGACGUUUUUUACUAUGGAAAGGUUCAGUUUUGGAUUCUGUGAUUGGAGUCUUCUUAACACAAAAUGUGGCUGACUAUUUAUCAAGCUCCGCGUUCAUGACACUUGCUUCAAGGUUUCCUUUAAAGAAAAAGGAAGCAACCUUUGAAAAGGGAGAAACAAGUUCGAAAUUUGAGGAGGAAAGAGAAGAAAAGAAAGAAGCUGAAGAUAAAAAUGAGUCGGGCUCUAUAAAAAUUGAUGAUGAGAAAAAGUCAAACGUAAAGAAAACAAGAAAUCAAGAAGAAAAGGAGAAGAUGAUGGAAGAGAAGAGAAAGCAUUGGGAUUCAUUAAGAAAAUUAUAUACUAAGAAUUUUCGAAGUGAAGAACAUAUGGAUUCUGUGGAUUGGGAAGCAGUGAGAGUUGCAAAACCAAGUGAACUUGCUGAAGCUAUUGCAGCUCGAGGUCAGCAUAACAUUAUCGCAAGAAGAAUCCAGAAUUUACUUAAUAGUUUGAUGGAGUCCAACGGAAGCCUAGACUUGGAAUGGUUAAGAUAUGCUCCACCAAAAGAUGUAAAGGAAUAUCUGUUGACCAUACAUGGAUUGGGAUUAAAGAGUGUAGAGUGCAUUAGACUUUUAGCCCUCCAUCACAAUGCUUUUCCGGUGGACAUAAAUGUGGCAAGAAUUGUUGUCCGUUUAGGAUGGGUUCCCAUCCAACCAUUGCCAGAAUAUAUGCAAAUACAUAAUUUAGAGAUGUUUCCUGAUUCAAAUAAAAUUCAACAAUACCUCUGGCCACGGUUAUGCACACUUGAUCCGCAGCAAUUGUAUGAAUUGCAUUAUCAACUUAUAACUUUUGGAAAGGUGUUUUGCACAAAACAAAAGCCAAAUUGUAAUGCUUGUCCAUUGAAAACUGAGUGUAAAUAUUAUGAAAGCGCUUUUAUGAGAGCAAAAUUAGCCUUACCUGAAGCAAAGCUAGAUGAGGAGGAUAAAACAGUAUCAAAAUUUGCUUUACCUGAAUCAACAAGUGUGAUUUAUGAGCCAAAGCCAUGCAAACCUAUCAUUGAGCAGCCACCAUCACCAGAUAGACAUGAACAUGUGAAUGAUUGUAAAGACAUUGAAGACAUUUCUACUAUCAUGUUCAACCGCCAAGAUAAUUAUAAUUCAGAAUCUACCCAAGAUAUUAGUCGAUCCACGGCUAUCAUUACACCUUAUGCAGAUCAUAUUCCUAUGCCAAAAAUGAAGGAUGUUAGUCGCCUAAAAACUGAGCGUUUAGUUUACGUUCUGCCAGAUAAUCAUCCUCUGCUGUCGGCGAUGCAGUGCGAACCAAGGCAAGCAGAUGAUCCUUGCCCUUAUCUCCUAAUAUUAUGGGAUAGAGGUGAAUUAGAAGAGUCAAGCGAAUCAAAUUUGGAUGAGGAAGCAAAUCCACUUACUAUACCUGCAACUCUUAUGAUACCAUGUCGAAGUGCUAUGAGGGGUCGUUUUCCACUUAAUGGGACGUAUUUCCAAGUUAACGAAGUGUUUGUUGAUUAUGCUUCAAUGAUACGUCCUAUGAAUGUACCUAGAAAGUGGUUAUGGAACUUAGAACAACGGAUAGUUUAUAUUGGGACGACUGUAUCGUCAAUCAUGCGAGGUUUGUCUAUGGGUCAAAUUCAAGAUUGUUUCUGGAAUGGUUUUGUUUGCGUGAGAGCAUUUGAUGCGAAGACAAGAGCUCCCAGACCUAUAUCUGAGAUUUUACAUCGCAACACAACCGCUAAACUGAGGAAAGAUAAAGAUAUGAAAAAGUAAUUUUAUUUGUUAUAAUUAAGAAAAGUUUUAAUAUAUUUAUUUAUUUA